CUGGAUUUUAGGCAUCUUCAUUUAAGGAUUUAUUGAGUGAAUAAUUAAAAAGAAAACGUUGUGGGUAAAUUCAUUAGUUGAGUAAACCGAUAAAUAUUUAUGUACACUACAUAUUUAAACAAAUUUCAAUAAACUGUUUAAUAAAGGAAUGGAACUUCAGACAAUUGGUCCAAUUGCAUUAGACUCAUCAAAUUGUACUGAUCUACGUAGAGGACAGCGUGAUUAUCAACCAACAACAACGACACAAAAGGCUAAUUUAAAUAUAUGCAAUUUCACUUCAACAGAAUGCGAACUAUAUGAUCCCUCAACAACACAACAAAUAGAAACACGUCAAAUGGAAAUCAAUAGAAACUAUAAUAAUAACAAUACUGUACUUGAUAAAAUUAAAUAUAACCUUCAAGCAUCAUCUACAUUUUCAGCCCCCAAUUCGUCCUCUCACAAAUUACCAUCGCCAUUAUUUCAGUGUACAUCGAAUACUACUAAGACAUCAAGUAUUACUCCUACGUCACCUUCUCCUCCUACUGCUAAUAAUAAUGUACUGAAUGCCCCGAAAUCUUCACCUGUAUUAUUGACAAAUAAUCGACUUUCAGAAUUAAUAUCAAAUUGCUAUGAACAGACUACAGCAAAUCUAUCUGUUGAUUGUUCUAACAAACAAAUAACCUUAACAAACACUGAAAACUCAUCAAAUACAUCGAACUCUUUUGUUAAUAAUAAGAUCAAUAAAUCUAAUCAAAAAGAUAAUGAGACAAUGUAUUAUGACCAUAUAUCAUUGAAUAAAUAUUUAAAUGAAAAUGAAAACUCUGUGCAGUCUACAUUUUUGAAUCUCCCCAUUACAACAUUAUCGCAUUCAACGAAUGUAACAUGUUCACCAUCCUUAUCAUCAUCGUCAUCAAGCAUGAUAGGAUCAUUUUCGACUAUGAAAGAACCAAUUAAAACCAACAAUAUCUCAACAUUGAACAAUCUACAACAAUCAAUAAGGAAAGUAUCAAGUAGAACACCAUCACCUUUGAUGUUAACAGAACAUGAAUUAAAUAACAAUAAUAAUACUAAUAAUGAGCAAUAUUUAUCUUCUGAAAUAGAAGUUUCUAAAUUGUCUAAUUCUAUUGAGAAUAGAAAUAAAUAUUCAAAUAUAUUAAACAAUGAUAUUAAUUUUUAUAAUUAUAACAAUCAACCGUCAUUAAAUUCUCAAUGUAAAUCAGAAUUAAACGUAAAUUUAUCGACAAAUGAUUCAUUGUUAAUAAUUAAACCCUCUUCCUCAUGCACCUCAUCAUCAUUAUUGUCAUUAAUAUCUACUGCUAUCCCAUCAGUUACACCAUCAAUAUCAUCUACAUCCUCACCAAUGUAUCAACUGAAUUCAGUGACCAAUACGAAUGAGCCUACUUGUGACAGGCAUGAUUUAUAUCAUAAUAAAUCAAUACAGAUUAUGUCAUUUACAUGUACAACUAUUACAGAGACAGUCAGUACAACUACUUGUUCUAACUUAUCAUCUGUUGAUUUUCCAGUUUGUUCUACACUUUCAAAUGGUACCUGUAUUACUGCAGUAAAUUCUAUGCUACCUACAUUAUCAACAUCUAUAACCGAUCAUUCAAGUAAUAAUAAUAAUAACAAUAAUAAUAAUAAUAAUAAUAAUAAUAAUAAUAAUAGUUUAUAUGAAAUGAAUAAAUUUAAUUUAUAUCAAUUACAAAAUCCCUAUUUGUUAACAAGCUUAGAAAAUUCUAAAUUCUCAAUUCAAUCUCAUUUAGAACAAUUUCCAAUAAAUCCAAUAAAUUUUAUUACAACGUGUUCAACAAAUGUUACUUUUUCUACAAACACUACUAAUAGUGUCAUAAAUACUAAUACAAACAGUAAUAAUAAUGACAGUAAUAGUAAUAAUAGUGAUAAUAGUGAUGAUGAUGAUGAUGAUAAUGAUGGUGGUCAACGAGGUGGUGAUGGUGACGGUAAUUCGGUAAUCCAAUUAUAUCAACAACAAUCAACUAGUGCAUUAUCAAGAUUCACUACUCCAUUAACUCUAAUGUGUGAGACUAUGAAUAAUAAAACUAGUAUAAUGAAUAAUUUUCCUACUUCCCCUAGUGCUCCUACUUUUCCUCAUCGUCACAAUCACCACCAAAAUCAACAUCAUCAUCAACAUGUUCACCAUCCAUCUCAUCUUCAGCAUCAGCAUCAUCAUUCCCAUCAACCACCACCGUUACAACAACAAUAUCAACUACACAGAUAUCAUAUGAACAGUCCAUAUUUGAAUAAUUUACCAAUGAAAUUAUCAACAUUCAACUUGAUUUCAUCGUCGCCAUCAUCGAUAACAACAACACCAUCGUCAUCAGUGUUGUCAUCAUCAAUAUUGUUAACAGCGGAUACACCGAUAGAAACUAUGACAACAACCACAAAAACAACAAUAAUUACUGAUGGAACAUUAACACCAACAAAUUUGCAAUCAACUUAUUUUCCUUAUUCAUUUAUCAGUAAUCAUGUGAUUACUAAUAGUAAUAAUAGUUCUAUUAACAAUACUAAUAAUAGUCUAAUGGAUCGAAUUAAUACAGUAUGUGAUGAAUAUCUACCCUCAGAUUGUAGAUCAUCAGGUGGAAAAGUGCGGUCAAGAAAGAAACGCAAACCGUAUACACGUUACCAAACAAUGGUUUUAGAAAAUGAAUUUAUGGGUAAUGCAUAUAUUACAAGACAGAAACGUUGGGAAAUCUCUUGUAAACUACAUUUGACAGAAAGACAAGUGAAAGUUUGGUUCCAAAAUAGACGUAUGAAGAAAAAGAAAUUACAGUCACGUAAUCAUAAUCCAACUGGUAAUAAUAAUGGAAUAACCGGCAGUCUUUCAGAAACUGGUAAUGAUAUCACCGGUAAAGAAAGUGUUGAAUGCAUGCUGGAAGAUGGUGAUGAAGAAGAUGAUGAGGACGGACAAAUUGAAGAUGAUGAAGAUGACGAGGAGGAAGAAGAAGAAGAAGAGGAUGAUGAGAGAGAAGAAGUGGAAGAAGAUGAGGAAAAGAAAGAAAUCGAUAGCAAUCAUUAUCACCAUCAUCAUUUUCGUGAACAGCAAUACAGUCGACUUAUAAAUAAUUUUGACAGUCAUCUUCAUCACCAUAGCAACAAUAAUAAUAAUAAUGAAAUGAACUUAAGAGGGCAGUUAAAACAAACUGCAUUUAUGAAAAAAAUAGAUAAAACUUCAGAUUCAACUAUUGAAGAAUAUGAUGAAGAUUCUGUAAGAAGUGAGAAGUUUAAAAUGGAACAUGAAUUUCUUAAUUUAAGUUCAGAUAUCUAUUCAAAUUCAUCAUCAUGUUUUAUCGACACAAUAAAUGAUUAUGAAAGUAAUCAUCCAUCAAUUACAGAUAUAAGUAAUAAUAAUAAUAAACUCUAUAAUCGUAUGAAAUUUAAUAAAUUUUCCCAUGAAUUAUUCCCUCCAUUUUAUUAUAAUUCAUCAAUUGAGAAUAAUUUAAUGAAUUCAGAAUUCAAUUUUAAUCCAGUCAAUAUGAAUCGUGAUUUAUUAUUUGAUCCUUUAAAAGAAUCGUUGAAAAACCAAUUAGUUAAUCCAAGUCAAAAUAAACAUUUAAGCUCUCAUAUAGGAUGCCCAUUGGUUAGUAAUGAUAAUAAUAAUAAUAAUAAUAUGAAAGAAUACGAUAUGAAUUUGUUGUCACCAUCAUUAUCAACGUCAAUCCCAACAAUAAGAACAUCCACUGAAUCAACUAAUCAUUUCACAGGAUUACCUUCAUCGCCAAAAUUAGAUUUACAAACAGACUAUCAUCCAAUAUGUUCAACGUUUGAUAGCUCUUUUCAUCCAACAGUUGAUUUAAAAUCAAAUUAUUUAACUUCUAACCGUCGAUUUCAACAAAGAGCUGAUGUUCAUCACAACCAAUUGCAUAAACAACACUGUUUAAAUAUCAAUCAAUCUGAAAUAUGUGAUUCGAUACAUUCAAACGGAAGUUAUAGGGGAAAUGAUUCUGUUCUACAAUUGACUGAACAUAAUUUAUCCGGUAGUCAGUUAAAUAAAACUGAUUUAUCCCUUGACAAUCAAAUGAGUUUAACCAGGAUUCAGAGUUCACUGUUACAAGUAAAUCCAAAUUGUUUGUCUAAAACAUGUACAACAGAGAGUUAUUCUCAAAAGCCAUUGAACUGCAAUGAAAAUUUUAAUACAUUACCACAGUUGAAUUCACAUAUUUCGUAUGAUAGUAAUGAAUCAACUGUAGAUCUAACUACUAAUACUGCUAUAGCCACAAAUAUUAAUACUCCUACAUCAAUAGGUGUACCUUCAAGAGGCAGAAUAAAUAUUAUGAAUUACAAUUUAAAUCCAUUCACAGUAAAUGACUCUGACUAUUAUAUGGGUCAAGUGGAGUCUAAUCACAGUUAUACAUUGAAUCUUGACUGCUCACCAAUCUCUCAUUACUCCUUUUUACCUACCUUAACAACGACAUCAACACUAGAAGCACAACUAACUACCUGUUGGCCUCCUAUAUCCACGUCAACUACUAAUAAAUAUUUGUCACCUCCUCCAGGGUCGUAUCCUUUACAGUCAACAAAUCCUGAUACGGCAGUGAGUGCUACGGUAUCAGAUGAUAUCGAUCAAAGUAGUGAGUCAUUUUCAAGUAGCAUAGAUCAUGAUGUGUCAUUUCGAAAAAAUAUAUUUCGUUCCCUAAAAAGCUCUACAGCCGAUCCAAAUAACUGUGAAUUAGAUCAAUCUAAUUUAUCAUAUUUACCAACAUCAAUGAAUGUAUAUAGUGCAUUCUCAAAAGGUUCACAUAAUUCAAAUCAAUUAAAUUUCUCUGAUAGUAAUGAUUCAUGUACUUUUUCAACUUACACUUCACAACUUAAUAGUUCAUGUAAUAUGAAUACAAAUGAAACAAUGAAUUCAUAUUUACCUGAAACAGAUUUUCAUUUGAUUACUGAUCGUAAUCAAGAUGAUAAUUCUAUAAAACAAAAUCCUUCAUUAACACAAUACUCAAUACCAUCUAGUACAAAUUUAUCUCCAAUACAUCAUUUAAAUAAUGUAUUUAAUCAAGUUAAUCAUGGCGAUUUUAAUUCAAUGUUUUAUUCACCAUAUUUACAUAAUACAAAUUCAUUUGGUUAUUCAAUAGCUGGACAUGAUAUGUUAUCUAUUACCGAUUCAUAUAAUCCUAAUGUUUUAAAUAAUUUAACACAAUCAAUAAAUCAGUCUUUCAAUCAAUCUACUACUAACAUAACUCCUGUUAAUAAUAGUAGUAGUGGUACAUUUCCAAUGAAUACUACUAUUCAUUUAAGUAAUUUAUGUAAUACAACUAAUAUAAAUAAUGUCACUUUACCAUUCCCAAUGAUUUCUACGAAUACACAUUCAUUAGACUUAUCUUCUACAUGAUAUGUUUAAAACAAUUAUGUGGAUAUGUAUAUUUUAAAAUCAGUAUUCUUUAAUCAAAAUAAUUUCUAGUCUCAUUUAAUAAACAUUUUUUUAAAAAAUUUUACUCUCAUAAGAAUGAUAUCUUAAUCAGAUCAUAUUUAAUAUGUAAAUAAAAAACAAUCAGUGGACAAGAUGAUACUGUUCUUUAUACUACAAGACAGCUCUAAACAUAAGAAAUGAAUGUCGAUUGACUUAGAUACAAACAUAUACUCUUUUAAUGAAUAAUUAGUCAAUUGUUAUUCAUAUGAUUAUGUCAUAUUUGAAUAAUCAGAAAUGAAACUGGUUUAUAUUCAUUUCAAACUUUACAUUUUGUGUCAUUUGAAGACAAUUAUGUAAAACGAAUUACUCCCUUGAGUUAAACAACAAUAUCACUAUCAACAACCGGGAUAUCUGUUUUUUUGUUUCUUUGUGAAUUAAAAAAAUCUUUUAUAACAGUAUUCAUGUUCUCAUGUUUUUUUAUUCCAUUGUGUCUCAUACUUUUAUUCUUUCUUUCCUCUGCUUCGCUUAUUCAUUCAUGAAGUUCACUCUCCUUGACACGCACACAACCACACGACAGAAAUCCUGAAAGGGUAAGACUUGAUCCAACAUAUUUCUUACAAAGAAUCAAUUUACCUUGUUUUUUUUCUUGUUCAUGUUGUUUGUUUACAUAUAAAUAAUUAUUUACUAUUAUUAUUAUGA